GGCUUUGCGUGGACGCUCUUCUCCCCAUCGCCGCAUGUGGCCUUUGAACCCAUUGUUGUGUCGCGGGUGACGUCAGUGCCGUCGGAGCGAGCGAGCGGCGUGCGCCUGGCGAGACAAAGGCGGCGGAGAGAGAGCGGGCUGUGCCGGAGAGAGCGAACGGGGUCACGGAGCGCCGAAUCCCACUUUGUUUUCACCCCCCACCAAGUCACGCUCGGGUUCGGGGCUAGCGUUUUCCCGACCAUGAAGACACCCACGGGAGUCUUCGCACGGAGACAACUACGGGCGUCCUAUUAACGUUUUUUUUUGUUUGUUUUGGAGAACUGUGUUUUAACGCCCCCCACCCCAGUUUUAGCCCGCUAGGCGGCUAACGUGCUAGCUCAAAAGAAGGCUGCUCCUCCUCCCUCCUUCCUCCUCUUCUUCUUCCCGGCUUACUUUCUCAUCUGUUCCUGAAGGAACGAGGCGACAGCAAAGCGGGGCAGAGCAAGUCGACAAAGUGGGGAUAAAAAGUGGGGCGAUCUCACCCAAAACAAGCAGACAUCCGUGAUCUAAUGUUGUAUCCACGGAGAGACUAUGCCUAGCCCUUUAUUCCACCCCGACAUUAUGGACCACGACGUGGUGAUCAGCAGCCAGCACAACGGGGUCGGUCUGCCCCGUGAAACGGACCAAGAAUCCCGGGAUGAAGAUCACCAGGAGGUGCUCCGCUUCGCCCUGGACCAGCUGUCACUCAUGGCCCUGGAAAAGGUAGACUGUGGAGGAGGAGGAGGCGGCGGCGGGCUGGUCGACACACUGGAUGGGACCCAAGCCCCAGCCUCGGAAGGCUACGCGGACCUACAAAUUUCCCGGGAUUCGCCGACCUCCUGCUCCCCGUCCCCGGAGUACUACGGCUCGGGCGGCUACCACAUGGCCGGCGGCGCGCACCCGAUGCUUCAUGGGGAACAAAGCUCCUCCGUCCUCUGCAACCGAAAGAGAAGCGUCAACAUGACCGAAUGUGUGCCCGUUCCGAGCUCCGAGCAUGUGGCGGAGAUCGUGGGGAGGCAAGGUUGUAAGAUCAAAGCGUUGCGGGCCAAAACCAACACUUACAUAAAGACGCCGGUUCGCGGUGAGGAGCCGGUGUUCAUCGUGACAGGGCGCAGGGAGGACGUGGAAAUGGCCAAGCGGGAGAUCGUCUCCGCGGCUGAGCAUUUCUCCAUGAUACGAGCGUCCCGUUGCAAAGCAGGAGGGUCCGGAGGAGGGGGAGGUGGAGGAGGGGGAGGUUCACUUCCUGGACCACCGCACCUCCCUGGACAAACAACCAUUCAGGUGCGGGUACCCUACAGAGUGGUAGGUCUUGUCGUGGGUCCAAAGGGAGCCACCAUCAAGCGCAUCCAACAGCAGACCCACACCUACAUUGUGACACCCAGUCGAGAGAAGGACCCCGUGUUUGAGGUGACCGGCAUGCCCGAGAAUGUGGACCGGGCCAGGGAGGAAAUCGAGACCCACAUCACGCUGAGGACCGGAACCUUCGUCGACCUGCAGGGAGACAACGACUUCCACACCAACGGCACUGACGUCAGCCUCGAGGGCCUGGGCGCCCUCAGCGCGGGACUCGGGGCAUCCCUGUGGUCGCGGGCCGCCAACCACCAUUCCGCCCCCCCGCCCCCUCCGCCCUCCCCGCCGCCUGCCGCCAUGCAGAUGUCGGUGAACCGUAAGAUGUCUUCCUCGGUGGCCUAUCACGCGCACAACGGAGCGAUGAGUGCCGAGGGCUACGGCGGGGGCCGCAAAGGCAACGAAGGGGCCAGCCCGACCAGCCCCUUCAGCACGAGUUCCAGCAGCGCCGGCGGAGGAUUCACUUUCGGGGGCGACUCCACUCCGCUCCCUUCCUCAGACGAACUGAGCUUUGAAUUCAGCGCUUCCAAGAUCUGGGCCCCCUUCGUCAACGGCGCCAACAAAUCGGGCGGCCCUUCGCACCCACAGCCGCCGCUUCGCCGCAACAGUAGCGGCCUGAGCGGCGGGGCCAUCACUCCACGCUUGUCCCCGACGCUGCCCCAGGAUGCCGGAGCCGGGCCCCUGGAGCACCCGUUGGCCCGCCGCGCCCAGAGCGACCCCCUGAGCACGCUCUCCUGGCUGCAGUCCAGCAACGCGGCAGGCGGUGGCAGCGGCGGCGGCGGCUCCUCCUCCUUCUCCGGGGGCUCCAGCUCCAGCUCGGGCGGCUCGUCCACAGGUUACUCCUCCUGCUCAGCGUCCUCGCUGCCCGGCGGCUCACCCACCGACUCGGAGGGCGGCGCGGGCGGCGUGGGCCUCAGCUCCGGGAUGCUGACUCGGCUGAAAGGCGGGCCGGGCCCUGGCGUGGCGGGCCUGGUGGGCGCGGGCCCCGGGGUCAACAGGGACUGCUUUGUGUGCUUCGAGAGUGAGGUGACGGCCGCCCUGGUGCCGUGCGGCCACAACCUCUUCUGCAUGGAGUGCGCCGGGCAGAUCUGCCAAUCGGCCGAGCCCGAGUGCCCCGUGUGCCACACGCCCACCACGCAGUGCAUACGCAUCUUCUCUUAAUAGCGGUGGGAGCGUGCGCUGCGGGGGAGGCCAGGAUUCACACUAAUAACCCUUGAACGCAAAGUGGACCAUUAUAAUAAUAAUAAUGCAGCAUUACUAGAGACAAUGAUGCUGAUGAAUAAUAAUAAUAAUAAUAAUGACGCUAUGGAUUUAUUUGGAGACCGUCUCUCGGUGGUGAAACUAGUGUCUUAUCUCUCUUCAGGCCUUCAUUUUGAACUCCUCGUAUCUCUUCUUCCUUCUCUCAGUCUUUCCUUUUGACUGCUUUUGUACUUGGCAGAUAUUUUUCCAUGAAGCUGACAGAUGAGGCCUGCACUUUUCUACUUGCGUCCCCCUCAUGCCUCCACUUUCUUGCGCUCUUUCUUUGUCCCGGCGCCCUGCUUUGUGACAUUAAUCCAGAGGUGUCAAACUCAUUUUUGUUGUGAGCUGCAUUGUAGUUCUGCUUUCCCUCAGUGGGUCGUUAACGGCUUCUGGAAAAAUGUUGAUACUCAAAAGGUUUGGGGUAUCUUGACCAUUUUUCAUUUUCUGCCAACAAAUGUCCUAAAUUGCAAUAUUUGAGCUGUGGUGCCUUGAGAUACAACUUAAAUAUGUUCCUGCACCACGCUUGUAACACAAAACACGUGAAGGGCAUACAGGUAUAUUGGAAUGAGCUGUCGACGCAGCUCCUCUAUUGGCUUCUCAGUACAGUAGUGAUAGCGGUUCUUUGCUGAGGAUCAAGAAUAUACAUCCUUGAGUAUUUGUGAUGUUAUCUCUUUACGUGUGUUGCUGGUUGUGUUCAGAUAUGUUCUAUAAAGGGUAACAACAGUGCCACAUAGAUGCCAGUUGUUUGCCCGUGUCGAGAGAGGGUUCCCAUUGUGUGUUAGCAAUAAGGUAACGCAGGCUAUGCGAUUGUUUGACAGCAAACUUCAGCUGAGACUGGCAAUAAACAGCCCGCAGCUUCUAAUUUUUAAGAUGAUUUACUAAUUUUAUCUGCCAAACUGCCAUUUGUUGUGUCAUCUGUUUGCAUGAUGCCUGAUGGCUUGUAUCUGGAA